CAAAGAGAGUCCGAGGUGGAUGCCGUCACGAGCGAGAACAACAAGUUAACGAAACAACGCGAAACGGCCAGCCGCCGGCUGCGCACCAUUGAGGACAAGAAAGCCGAGCUGGAGAGUAAACGUGAGGAACUGCGCAACGGCAUCGCUGCCAUCGAGAAGGAGAUGGAGAUGAUGAAGCGGGCCAUGGAUAUUGACCGCAAGGCCUGUGAGGAGCUGACCAAGGAACGCGACGCUCUGUCAAAGAAUCUCAUCAAAAUGACUGGUCAGACAACCAAACAACUCACCCUCCUCCGCCUGCAUGAGCAGUCAAAACGGAACCUCGAGCAGGAGAUUUCCAAUUACAAGGAUGAGGCGCAGAAACAGCGCAAGCUCAUCUGCCAGUUGGAACGUGAGCGAGAUCGCUACAUCAGUGAGGCCUCUGACCUCACACAGAAGGUCCUCGAACACAUGGAGGAGGUGAAACUGCGUGAGAUGCAGAUCUUUGACUUUAAAAAGAAGAUUGCCGAGGCGGAAACAAAGCUGAAGCAGCAGCAGAACCUGUAUGAGGCCGUGCGUGGUGAUCGAAAUCUCUACAGCAAGAACCUCAUUGAGGCGCAGGAUGAGAUUGCCGAGAUGAAGCGCAAACUGCGCAUAAUGACCCAUCAGAUUGCCCAACUGAAGGACGAGAUUUCCACCAAGGAUGCUAUAAUUGUGCAGGAGAACAUUGAACGCCAGCGAGUGGAGGCUGAACGUGAUAACAUGAAUAUGGACUUGCAGAACAUCAAGAAUACCAUGGUUGAAAACCGUGCCUUCAUUGAAUCCCAAGAGGCGGAGGAGCGGAAACUACUAAAAAUAAUUUCGGAGGCCGAGUUUGAGCGUGCACGUCAUAAAAAGGAGUUGGAUCAGGUUAUCAGUGAGCGGGACAUUCUGGGCACGCAGUUGGUCCGUCGAAACGAUGAGCUGGCCCUGCUCUACGAAAAGAUUCGCAUCCAGCAGUCCAUUUUAAAUCAGGGUGAGACGCAGUAUAACCAGCGUCUGGAGGACCUUCGUGUGCUGAAGCUGGAGAUCCGCAAAAGCCGGCGGGAGAAGGCCAUGUUGCAGGCCAGUAUAGCAAAGGUGGACGACCUAAAGAAGGAAGUCUAUCGAGCCCAAAAGGAGCUGCUGCGCGAACAAACUCGGUGCAAGGCGCUAGAGGAGGAACUUAAAAAUCCAAUUAAUGUGCACCGAUGGCGCAAACUAGAGGUAUUUCAAAAGUCUCCCUUUCCGCGGUUUUGUGUGAAGUUUUGGUGA